AAUCACUAAAGAAUGUUAAAGAAUAUAUAGAAUUAAAAUCAAGCAAAUUUAAAGAGAAUGAGAAUCAUGUAGACUGGUUGGGAUCUGAUUUUGACAUUCAAUCUGAAGUAGAUUCUUUAUGGACUUCAACAACAGAUGAUAAUGAAGAUAUUGAUUAUGAAGUAAAGGAAGAAAAUGCUAGUAAAUCUGAUGGUAAAUGUGUAAUUGUGGAUAUUAUAGAUAGUAAAUUAGUAUGUUGUUCAAAUAAAAUAUUUCGUCUACUUCGACAACUUAUUAGAAUAUGGGAAUUAGACUUUAAUUCAGUUGAUGAGAUCGUUAAAGUAAAUCGACUAGAAGCAUCAAAUUUGUUAGAUUCAAUUCCACUGAAAAAUCCACCCAUUCUUCCUACUCAUUCAUCUGAAUGUACUGAUAGUGAACAACAGCAACAAGA